AUGUACCCCAACCCCCUCGUCUACUGCACCUGCUGGGAUCCCUGGAACCUGGGGCCACGAAAGCUAAUCAAGACCCCUCAGCCACCAAGGAAGACCUCCUCGAUGAAGCCCAAGCUCUCUCCUCUUCCUCCAGCUGGAAGAAAACAAAAUUACGCCCAACCGAUAACAAAAUCUGUUGUCACCCCAAAAAUGAAAGUCCAUUUAGGAAAACAAGAGGACAGCAAUAAAUUACCUAAUGAAGUGAUAGAUGUGUCACCUGGCUACCGCCUCAUUCGGAACAGGGAGCGGAUUUCUGUCACCUUGGGAGAUGAGAUGUUUGAUAGGGAAAAACAUUCAGAAUCGGAGAACAUGGAAAAAGUCAAAAUUUCCAGGACUGAUAUCAUUGCUGACCUCAAAGAACAGAUCUCAGAGUUGACAGUGAUCAUAGAGCAAAUGAACAGAGACCAUCGUUCUGCCCAAAAAUUGCUCUCUAAUGAAAUGGAUCUCCGUUGUGCCGAGAUGCAGAAGAACUUUGAAAGCAAGACGAGGGAGCUCAAGGAAGCUCACACAGCACAGCUCAGUGAGUUGGAGAAAUACUACAAAGAAGCCUUGAAGGCAGAAAAGUUGGCUGCCCAGGACAAACUAGAGGAGAUGGGAAAAGAAUAUAAAUAUUUGAAGAAUAUGUUUCAUAUAUAUCAGGACAGCAUUUAUGAUGAAAUGGAGGACAAGUGGUCAAAGAAGAAGGCAGAGUGGGAGAAGGAUGAGAAGGUGGAGCGGGAGAGGAUACUGUUGCAGCAAAAACAUAAGAUAACCAGAAAGUUUGAGUUAGAAUCAGAAGAAGAAAGGAAGAAAAUAAACGAGUCCUACACAGCUAUCUUUGAGAACUUCAAUCAGGAGAAGGAGGAGCUCUUAAAACAACAUGAAAGGGAUACCUUGCAAUUAGAGGAGCUUAGAAAGACAAAAGAGGUCAUAGAGGAAGAGUUGUAUGCUCAAGCUCUUAUCCUAGAAUCACUUAACACAACCCUCUACCAAACCCAGAUGGAACUCCAGAGAGAGAAAGCUGUGGGAGCAACUCUGGAGAAAACACUCCAGAUCAAGCUUGCUGAAGCUGAAGACAAGUUUAAGUACACCAUACACCACUUGACAGAAGAAAACAUUCAUCUAAGGCAAAAGAUAAUUGCCAAAAAUGAAGAAAUUUAUGAUGAACUAUCUGGGAGAUCUACCUCUGUUAUUUACGAGCAUAAUUCUGACACUUUAGAAGAUGGUGGCAACGAAACACAAGAAUCAUGA